UUUGAUCAUUUUUUAUUUUAUUUUAUAAAGCCAUGAUAUACUCUACUAGACUAUAAUUAAGAUGAAUUCAGAAAGUAAUGUAACGGUUUAACAAAAACCGUCAAAAUCACAAAAGUUAUUAAAAAUCGCUGAAAGAACCAGUUUCUGCUGACACUUUGGUACCAGUGCUAAGGUCUUCAUUUUUAUCAAACAAUAUCUUUGGCCAAGUCCCAAGUUUUGCCUUUAGAUUUAAAUGAGUUUGUACGCUACACUACUGAUUUUAUAUGUGUUAACAAAUAGUACAAUUUAAGUAACUUAAUCUCUUCUUCUAUAGACUUAUAAUAAAGAUAAAUAAAUUAAAUGUAAUUGUUUGUAAACCAUUUAAAUAAUUAUCGAGAAGAAUACAAAUAUUUAGUAUCAAAAACAAAUUUAGCGGCUAAAACAAUGUCAACUGUUUUGUAACAAUGAAUUUAAUAUAUUGCUGGUUGAUUUUAAUGGUGACUUUGAAUAAAAAUCUAUGUUUUGCUAAAUCUCAAAGCUGCAAUAAAUAUGAAAAUAGAAAUCAUAUUCGUGAUAACAACUUAAAUAGAACCGGUAAAUUUCUUUUUGAUACUAUUUUUCGAAUCAGUUCCGGAGUGUCAAAUGCAUUUGGACUUGAUACAGAAGAUGAUACGGAAUAUACUGAAAAUGUUAAUCUAAAAAAUUGUGAUUGCGAUUGCGGCUUUUCAAAUGAAGAAAUUCGAAUUGUCGGUGGAAAACCAACAGGAGUAAAUCAAUACCCAUGGAUGGCACGGAUUAUAUACGAUGGCAAAUUUCACUGUGGCGGAUCAUUAUUAACCAAGGAUUACGUCCUAUCUGCAGCUCAUUGUGUUAAAAAAUUGAGAAGAUCAAAAAUUCGUAUAAUAUUUGGUGAUCAUGACCAGGAAAUCACUUCAGAAUCUCAAGCCAUUCAGCGAGCCGUAACGGCUGUAAUAAAACAUAAAAGCUUUGAUCCAGAUACCUACAAUAAUGAUAUUGCACUCUUAAGACUUAGAAAACCAAUCGCAUUCUCCAAAAUUAUAAAGCCAGUCUGCCUACCCAGAUAUAACUAUGAUCCAGCAGGUCGUAUAGGCACCGUGGUUGGUUGGGGUCGCACUUCAGAGGGAGGAGAAUUGCCAUCGAUUGUGAAUCAAGUUAAAGUUCCCAUAAUGUCGAUUACAGAAUGCCGGAAUCAAAAAUAUAAAAGCACUCGAAUAACCACAACCAUGUUGUGUGCUGGCCGACCAAGUAUGGACUCAUGUCAAGGUGAUAGUGGUGGACCAUUAUUGCUGUCCAAUGGAGUCAAAUACUUCAUUGUUGGUAUUGUAUCUUGGGGCGUUGGCUGUGGACGUGAAGGAUAUCCAGGUGUUUACACGCGUGUUAGCAAAUUUAUACCCUGGAUUAAAUCUAAUUUAGAUAACACAUGUUUGUGUUCAUAGUCAAGUGGUAGUAAUAUGCCUAAUUAUAGAAUACAAUUGUUUGUUUUAAAAUUAUUUAUUGACAAUACAUUUUCCCCUUGCUGUUACGUUUAAA